GAUGUCGCAGAGACCAGAAGACGACUAAGACACAUCCGAAUAGACAACAGCCUUGCCUACUGGUGUCAUUUUUCGUUCUGUAUACACAACUUGUAGGUUUUGCCUACUGCAAAUGGACAACGCCAUCAGAAGACUUAAAGAACCUGAACAAGUCAGCAACUAUAUGAAAACCACAACCUUUUAUGGAUUUAAUAGAACCAAACUCUAUAGGAUUCAAGCUGGAUUUUAUCUGUGUUUCCAAAGUUUCCCACCAUUAAACUGCUACACUGGGACUAAACAAGAACUCAAGUGUUUAGAAUCAGUCAGCAAGUGUAAAGUUGUAGUUGUACUUCACUGAGCAACAUCUAGAUUAUCUGGACUGUAUAUGUGUACCCCUGCGUGUAACUCCGCAUACAGCCAUGGGGAACGCAGCUGGAAGUCUGGAUAUGUCACCCGGACGGGACGUCAAACGGCCCCUCAGCACUUAUGGGCAGAAACAGCCACCGGCCCCUAAACUGCCCCUACCACCUGAGGAUGAAUUAGAGGAGAGGUUCACCAUGGUGUUGAAUUCCAUGAAUCUUCCACCUGAUAAAGUGAAGCUGCUCUGUCAGUAUGACAACGAGAAGAAAUGGGAGUUAGUUUGUGACCAGGAGCGGUUCCAGGUGAAGAAUCCUCCGUCAGAAUACAUUCAGAAACUUAAGAGUGUAUUAGAGCAGGGAGGAGGCAGAAAGUUUAAAAGGCGAGUUCAAGAAUCCACACAAGUUCUGAGAGAGUUGGAGAUCUCUUUGCGCACCAAUCACAUCGGGUGGGCUGAGGAGUUUCUAAAUGAAGAAAACAAGGGUUUAGACGUGCUUGUGGACUACCUCUCUUUUGCUCAACGUGCAGUCACACAUGACACGGACAGCUCUGAUAAUGGAAGCUUUGAAGAGAAAUCUGUGGAAGAUUUGACCACCAGUGCGACAAACUCCCCUACCCACAAUUCCCCACGCUCAGGACGCCCCUUCACCACAAGGAAAGCUCUGCGAUAUUCGCGUCUGCUCAGCCAGAAGAACCACCUGCACCUCUGCAUCAUGUGCCUCCGUGCCAUCAUGAACUAUCAGUUAGGGUUCAAUCAGGUGAUGGCUCAUCCCAACUGUGUCAAUGAAAUCACCCUGAGUCUCAACAACAAGAAUGCCAGGACUAAAGCUCUGGUUCUGGAGCUCCUUGCUGCUGUCUGUUUGGUUCGAGGAGGUCACGAAAUUAUUAUUGCAGCCUUUAAUAAUUUCAAAGAUGUGUGUGGAGAGAAAGACAGAUUCGAGAAACUCAUGGAGUAUUUCAGAAAUGAUGACAACAACAUUGAUUUCAUGGUGGCUUGUAUGCAGUUUAUCAACAUUGUAGUGCACUCAGUGGAGAACAUGAACUUCCGAGUGUAUUUACAGUAUGAGUUUACACAACUGGGAAUAGACAGCUAUCUGGAGAAGUUAACUGUCACUGAGAGUGAGAGGCUGCAGGUGCAGAUUCAAGCGUAUCUGGAUAAUGUGUUUGACAUUGGAGCGAUGCUAGAGGACGCCGAGGCCAAAAACACAAUAAUGGAACAUCUAGAGGAGCUACAAGAACAAAACGCACAGUUAAACAAUAGACUGCAGCAGUGUGAGAGUGAAGCUGUGGAGAAGACGUCUGAACUCGAGAAACAACUCAUACAGAGUAGGAAAGAGGUGGAACUUCUGAAGGACAGUGUGAAGGAGACACAGGCUCAGCUCGCUCAGCUGCAGCAGAAGGAGAAAGAGAGAGAGACACACAUUGAGAAGGAACAGGAGCGAGAGAGAGACAGACAGCGCUCCGCUAAAGCUCUGACCGAGCUGGAGAAGAUGGUCCAGGUUCUGGUGGAUCGAGGACUGAUCCGCAUGGACAGAUCCGAAUCCGGCUCUCUGGAAUUACACAUUAUGCCAGCCGCUAACACAACAGUCUCCGCCCCUCCUCCUGUCCCCGCCCCUCCACCACCUCCUCCUCCGCCCCCUAUGAGUGUAGCCCCACCCCCUUCACCUGUGCCUGGAAGGACAGGAACUGUAAAGACAGGUGUAAAAGGUAAGAAGCCAAUCAAGACCAAGUAUCGCAUGCCACUGCUUAACUGGCAGGCUCUGAUGGAGGAACAGGUGGCCGGCACCGUCUUCACAGAGCUGGAUGACGAAAGUGUGCUCGGGGAGUUGAAUAUGGACGUCUUUGAGGAGUUGUUUAAAACUAAAGCUCAGUCUGCUCCUGUUGAUGUCGGCACUCUGAAGGUGAAAGUGGCUCAUAAAGCAUCCAGUAAAAUCACACUACUGGAGCCCAACAGGGCCAAAAACCUCGCCAUCACGCUGCGCAAAGGAGGCAUGAGCACCGCGCAGAUCUGCACUGCGAUCCAAUCGUAUAAUCUUGAUUUGCUAAACUCAGAUUUUCUGGAGCUGCUGGAGCGUUUCAUCCCGUCUGAUUAUGAGCUGAGGUUGAUUGAGAAAUACGAGCGUGAAGGACGCCCCCUGCUGGAGCUGUCGGAGGAGGACCGAUUCGUGGUGGCCUUCAGCAAAAUCCCGCGUCUGUCGCAGAGAAUCAGCACGCUGACCUUCAUGGGCAACUUCAGCGAGAGCAUCCUGCUGUUAAAGCCUCAAUUAAAUGCCAUCAUCGCUGCGUCCAUGUCAAUCAAAUCCUCCAGCAAACUCAAGAAGAUUCUAGAGAUCAUUCUUGCGUUUGGGAAUUACAUGAACAGUGAGAAGAGAGGAUCGGCAUAUGGAUUUCGACUCCAAAGUCUGGACCUGCUUCUAGACAUGAAGUCCACAGAUCGAAAACUUACACUCCUGCAUUUCAUCGUCAGCAUCAUACAAGAAAAAUAUCCUCAACUGCACAACUUUCACACUGAACUACACUGCCUGGAUAAAGCUGCACUGGUCUCUCUGGACAGCAUCCUUGUAGAUGUUCGGUCUCUGGAGAAGGGAAUGGAGGUGGUUCGCAAGGAAUAUCUCCAGCAGAAAGACAGCGCUGUCCUCACAAACUUCAUGUCCAAUAACGGCAGUCUGCUGGACUCUGUGGUCAAAGACAGCAAAACUGCAGAGGAGGUGUAUCACUCAGUGCUGGAGUAUUUCGGAGAGGAUCCCAAAUCCACAUCUCCUUCUGUGUUCUUCCCUGUUUUUGCCAGGUUUAUUAAAGCAUAUAAGCUGGCCGAACAGGAGAACAAACAGCGGAAGAAGAACAUCUCUGAGACUGAUUUCGGCACAGAUUUACACAUCUCUGUGAACACUGCAGUGACUAAUAGGAUGCCGGCGAUGCCACGCUUCCCUCAGGUGGAUCUGAUCGCAGAGCUGAAGCGCAGGCAGAUGAUGCCCCUCGUGAGAGAGGGCAAAGACGGAGCCAUCGAGGACAUCAUCACAGAUUUGAGGAACCAGCCGUACAUCAGAGCAGAUGGAGGAAGACGAAGCGCCAAAUGGAAACCAGCUCAACAGCUUCCCGUGUCCUCCGACAUCUCUCUGUGAAACACUCACAGCUCAACCCACAUUACACAUGAAGCCAAAAACAGUUUACAAGAAAUAUUUAAACGGCGACAUUAAGCUAUUUGUAUCUAAAUUAUACAAAUAAACUAACUAACUAAACAACUUCAUGGUCAAUCUCAAGAAACCUUUCAAGAAUGUGUGCUUGCCUUGUAUAUUUCAUAUUUUGCUCCAAAAUUAAAAGAAUAAUAUUAAAAAAUAACGUUUUUUUAAUAUGCUUUCAUAAUUUGCCCCAAAAUUAAAAGGAAAAAGAAAAAAUUGAGUGUGCUUGUAUAUUUUAUAUUUUACCAAAAAAAUUAAAUUAAAAUAAAAUAAGCAUUUGAACAUGUUUAUGCAUUUCAUAUUUAGCAGCAAAAAGAAAAAAAUUAAAAGAAAAAAUUCAGAAAUUUGAAGAAUCUGAACAUGUUUGUAUAUUUCAUAUCUCAUCCCAAAAUUUUAAAAAAGUAAUAAAUGUGAAGAAUUUGAACAUGCUUGUAUAUUUAAUACUCUGAAUCAAAAUUAAAGGGGAAAAAAAGAAAUUGAAAAAAAAAUUGAAAACAUGCUUGUAUUCUUCAUAUUUCACCCCAAAAUUAAAAGAAAAAAAGAAAUUUGAAGAAUUUGAACAUUUGUUUGUAUAUUUAUAAUUAAGAAAUUUGAAGUAUCUGAACAUGUGGUUGUAUAUUUCAUAUUUCACCCCAAAAUUAAAAGGGGGAAAAAAAAGAAAUUUGAAGAAUUUGAAUGUGCUUGCAUAUUUCAUACUUUGCACCAAAAUGUACAAAAAUAUUUAAGAAAUUUGAAGAUUUCAAACGUGUUUGUAUAUUUCAUAUUUCGCCCCAAAAUGUAAAAAAAAGAAAGAAUUUGACAUAAAAAAUAAUAAAAAAAUUAACAGUAAAUCCUUAUUAUAAGAAAAUUAUGUUUAGGUCAAAUACGGCAUAUUCCUGACUGGUUUCGUGAGAUUUUCAGCUUCAUUUUGACACUGUAUUGAUCUUCACAUGUACUCUUGAAAUGUUUACUGUACACCAACUACUGAAAACUAGCGUUGUCUAGUACGUGUAUAUUUAUUUUUUUCAUACGAAUCAGUUUUUCUUUCUUUCUGCAUAUGACAUAAUAAAGAUUUUAUACUGGAUAAAAAAAUGGCAUUUACAAUUA